AUGAACAUGUUUGUACUAAACACACAACAUUCAUUUUCACUUUUUCUCCUUCUUGUAUCUAUGGCACUAUUUUCAUAUUCAAUUCAAUCCAUGAGAUUUGAUUUACCAUAUAUUAAAGGAAACAAUGUAAGAUGUUUCUCUGAAGAAAUAAAGAAGAAUGCAAUGGUAGUUGGAAACUACUCCAUUGUGAAUCCCAAUGGAGCUCUUCCUUUGCCCUCUAACCACACUAUCACUGUUCAAGUGUCUACACAUGGAGGUAUGGCUAAAUAUCAUCUUGCAGAGAGGGUUCAAGCAGGGAAGUUUUCAUUCAUGGCCUAUCAAAGUGGUGAUUAUUUAAUAUGUUUUGUGGAUACAACUAAAGAUCCUCAAGUUACACUCUCUAUUGAUUUUGAGUUUAGAGUUGGAGUCGAAGCCGUAGAUCGGUUCAAUAUUGCAAAGAAAAGUCACGUUGAUAGAAUGGCACAAGAAUUACAAAUUAUGUAUGAGAUGGCCUUGUCUAUUAAGGAGGAGAUGACUUAUCUUCUUGAACGAAAUACAGAAAUGUUAGAUCUCAACUAUAUAACUGACAAUAGGAUGUUUUGGUUGAUAUUUGUAUCAUUUACUGUGUGUUUCACAGUAGCAGGGUUACAAUUAUGGCAUUUGAAGACUUUUUUCCAUAAAAAUAAACUCAUAUAA